AUGGCUCAACAGCCUCAACUUCACUUCCCCAUCUUAAUCUUUACUUCCAUUUUCGUAAUUUCAUUUUCAAGCUUCAUCCGGCCGCCUCAUCCCUUUGAUCCGUUAACUGAGAGCGAAUUUAAACUUAUCCGUAAUGUCAUCAAGAAAAAAUACCCUGUUGGUCCGGCACAUAGGUUCACCUUCCAGUACGUUGGUCUCAAUGAGCCUGAUAAGUCCGGAGUCUUGUCGUGGCAUUUAUCACUGCACCACAAUGUCACACCACCGCCACGUCAGGCAUUCGUCAUAGCCCGAGAGAACAGAAAGACUCGAGAGAUCGUCGUUGAUUUUUCCUCUCGAGCCAUUGUGUCGGACAUAAUCCGCGUAGGACAUGGUAACCCUAUGCUCACUAUCGAUGAGCAGGAAGUAGCCACCGAGCUUGUUCUAAAGUUUAAGCCGUUUCGUCAGUCCAUCAGGAGACGGGGCUUGAAAGUGUCAGAGGUUGUAGUCACGUCCUCAACUAUGGGAUGGUUCGGUGAGAAAGACACCGACAGGCUUAUAAAAACGAUACCAUUUUACCUUAACGGGUCGGUGAACACCUAUCUCCGACCUAUUGAGGGAAUGACAAUAAUAGUAAAUCUUGAGAAAAUGAAGGUAACGACGUUUAAGGACAGGUUCAUGGGUCCUCUGCCGAAAGCUAAUGGGACGGAGUACCGAUUCUCAAAGCUCAAGCCGCCGUUUGGUCCGACACUUAAAAAUAGCAUCUUUUUGCAGCCAAACGGUCCAGGGUUCAAAAUAGAUGGACAUGUUGUGAGAUGGGCAAACUGGGAAUUUCACAUAUCAUUCGACGUUAGAGCUGGUCUUAUCAUCUCUCUCGCAUCAAUUUUCGACAUAGACAUGAAUAAAUACAGGCAAGUCUUGUACAAAGGCCAUUUGUCUGAAAUGUAUGUACCUUACAUGGACCCAAGUGAGGAUUGGUACUUCAUCACUUACCUUGACUGUGGGGAAUUCGGCUGCGGCCAGUCGGCAGUGUCCCUUGAGCCGUACACCGAUUGUCCUGCAGGUGCCGUUUUCUUUGAUGGUAUUUUUGCGGGUCAAGACGGAACUCCCACAAACAUAUCAAAAGCUAUGUGCAUUUUUGAAAAAAAUGCUGGAGACAUUAUGUGGCGACAUACCGAAGCAGAAGUUCCCGGCUUAGAAAUCACAGAGGUAAGACCGGAUGUAAGUCUUGUCGCCAGGAUGGUGACGACCGUGGGGAACUACGACUACAUAGUUGAUUACGAGUUCAAACCUAGCGGUGCCAUCAAAAUGGAGGUUGGUUUAACCGGAGUUUUAGAAGUCAAACCGGUGGAAUAUGUUCACACAUCGGAGAUCAAAGAAGAUGAUAUCCACGGGACAAUUGUAGCGGACAACACCGUUGGAGUCAACCACGACCAUUUUGUGACAUACCGUCUUGAUCUUGACAUCGAUGGUACGGAAAAUUCCUUCGUCCGCACGGAACUUGUGACCAAGAGAACACCAAAAUCUGUUAAGACACCGAGAAAAAGCUAUUGGACAACGAAUCGGAAGACUGUAAAAACCGAGGCAGAGGCUCGUGUGAAGCUAGGGCUGAGAGCGGAGGAGCUGAUGGUGGUUAACCCUAACCGGCUAACGAAGCAUGGCAAUGAGGUUGGAUAUCGUUUAUUUCCUGGGCCGGUUUCAGGCACACUAAUGGCCCACGAUGAUUACCCACAGAUUCGAGGAGCAUUCACCAACUAUAACGUGUGGAUCACGCUCUAUAACAAGUCGGAGGUUUGGGCUAGCGGUCUCUACGCUGAUCGUAGCCAAGGCGACGACACAUUAGCCGUCUGGUCCCAAAGGAAUAGGGAAAUAGAGAAAAAAGAUAUAGUGAUGUGGUACACAGUCGGAUUCCACCAUGUUCCAUGUCAAGAAGAUUUUCCGACAAUGCCUACGUUGUCCAGCGGCUUUGAACUCCGACCGGCCAACUUUUUCGAACAAAAUCCUGUUCUCAAAACCAAACCCAUCAAACUCAGCUCUGCUCCAAAGUGCACUCCUAAGAACGAGUAUUAACAUCACGGUUUGAUCUGUAUAAGGAAUCAUAAAGAUGUCAAGAGAUAAUCAUGCAUACCAUCAAAAUUGGAUAAACCAUCAAUAAUAACAAUCUACGAAUGCAUC